AUGGCCGACAGCGAGGGCAGUUCGGAACAGGACGAUGUCUCGUUUCUCCGGACCGAAGAUAUGGUGUGUUUAUCAUGUACUGCGACCGGAGAGAGAGUUUGUCUUGCAGCAGAAGGAUUUGGAAAUCGGCACUGUUACUUAGAAAAUAUUGCCGAUAAAAAUAUUCCACCUGACUUGUCACAAUGUGUUUUUGUCAUUGAACAAGCGUUAUCUGUGAGGGCUUUACAAGAACUAGUGACAGCUGCAAGUUCUCAAGAGGGAAAAGGUGGAACUGGAUCAGGACAUCGAACAUUGCUAUACGGAAAUGCUAUUUUAUUGCGUCAUCAAAAUAGCGAUAUGUAUUUAGCUUGUCUAUCAACAAGUUCAUCGAAUGAUAAAUUGUCUUUUGACGUUGGUCUACAAGAGCAUUCACAAGGUGAAGCUUGUUGGUGGACUGUGCACCCAGCAUCGAAACAACGAUCAGAGGGUGAAAAAGUUCGAGUCGGAGAUGAUUUAAUUUUAGUGUCCGUGGCAACUGAACGGUAUUUGCACACCGCCAAAGAAAAUGAGUUAUCUGUAGUAAAUGCAUCAUUUCAUGUAACUCAUUGGUCAGUACAACCAUAUGGUACUGGUAUCAGCAGAAUGAAAUACGUUGGUUAUGUUUUUGGUGGUGACGUACUAAGAUUCUUUCAUGGCGGCGAUGAGUGCUUGACAAUACCAUCGUCGUGGAGCGAUGUUUCUGGACAAAAUAUAGUAAUUUAUGAAGGCGGAAGCGUUAUGAGUCAAGCAAGGUCAUUAUGGCGUUUGGAGUUGGCUAGAACUAAAUGGGCCGGUGGGUUUAUUAAUUGGUAUCAUCCAAUGCGAAUAAGACAUCUGACCACUGGACGGUAUUUAGGCGUCAAUGAAAACAAUGAAUUACAUUUAGUUUGCAGAGAAGAAGCCACUACUGCAUCGUCUACAUUUUUCUUACGUCAAGAAAAAGACGAUCAAAAAAUAAUUUUAGAAGACAAAGAUCUAGAAGUAAUUGGUGCACCUAUUAUUAAGUAUGGUGACAGUACAGUGUUAGUUCAGCAUUCUGAUACAGGUUUAUGGUUAACAUAUAAGUCUUAUGAAACAAAAAAAAAAGGUGUCGGUAAAGUAGAAGAAAAACAAGCAGUAUUACACGAAGAAGGUAAGAUGGACGAUGGAUUAGACUUCAGUAGGAGUCAAGAAGAAGAGUCUAGAACUGCUAGAGUGAUACGCAAAUGCUCGUCAUUAUUCACACAAUUUAUUUCUGGCUUAGAGAAUUUACAAAGUAACAGACGUUCGUCAUUAUUUUGUUCAUUCGUUAAUCUAAAUGAAAUGGUCAUGUGUCUAGAAGAUUUAAUAAAUUACUUUGCUCAACCGGAAGAGGAUAUGGAACACGAAGAAAAACAAAAUCGAUUCAGAGCAUUAAGAAACAGACAAGAUUUAUUUCAAGAAGAAGGCAUAUUAAAUUUAAUCUUAGAAGCUAUUGAUAAAGUUAAUAUUAUCACAUCUCAAGGAUUCAUGGUCAGUUUAGCUGGUGAUGAGUCUGGACAAAGUUGGGAUGUGAUUUCUGGUUAUUUAUACCAAUUGCUAGCUGCAAUUAUUAAAGGCAAUCAUACCAAUUGUGCUCAAUUUGCUAACACUAAUCGAUUAAAUUGGUUAUUCAGCCGAUUAGGAUCUCAAGCAUCCAGUGAGGGAACUGGUAUGUUAGAUGUACUUCACUGUGUUCUCAUCGAUUCUCCAGAAGCUUUAAAUAUGAUGAAAGAUGAACAUAUUAAAGUAAUAAUAUCUCUUUUGGAAAAACACGGUCGUGAUCCAAAAGUGUUGGAUGUUUUAUGUUCUCUGUGCGUUGGUAACGGUGUAGCCGUAAGAAGUUCGCAAAAUAAUAUAUGUGAUUUCUUAUUACCAGGAAAAAAUUUACUUCUUCAGACCUUGCUUGUUGACCAUGUAGCAAGCGUACGUCCCAAUAUUUUUGUUGGUCAUGUAAGUGGAUCUGCUGUCUAUAGAAAAUGGUAUUAUGAAGUGGCAAUAGAUCAUGUAGAACAAACUACUCAUUUAAAUCCACAUAUUCGCAUUGGAUGGGCAAAUACUGCAGGUUAUGUUCCAUAUCCUGGUGGUGGAGAAAAAUGGGGUGGAAAUGGAGUUGGGGAUGAUUUAUACUCUUUUGGAUUUGAUGGAUCAUAUUUAUGGACAGGAGGACGUAAGUCAGAAGUGAUGCCUGGUACACAAAUUUCUAAUAUUAAAAAAAGUGAUGUAAUCGGCUGUGCAUUAGAUUUAACUAUUCCAAUUAUAACUUUUACACUGAACGGUCAAUUGGUCCAAGGCGCCUUCAGAGACUUCAAUUUAGAUGGGAUGUUUUUCCCAGUAAUUAGUUGUUCGUCAAAAGUCAGUUGUCGUUUCUUAUUGGGCGGAGAUCACGGUCGAUUAAAGUUUACUCCACCAGAUGAAUUUUCUCCCCUAUUUGAAACUUUACUGCCUCAACAAAUCUUAACAAUCGAUCCGUGCUUCUAUUUUGGAAACCUAAAUAAAUGCGUGCUCACGGGUCCAUGGUAUGUUGAAGACGAUACAGCAUUUGUUCCAAAUCCGGUCGAUACAUCGAUGGUCACCUUGCCAAGUUACAUAGAAAAUAUUAAAGACAAAUUAGCAGAGAAUAUUCAUGAAAUGUGGGCAAUGAAUAAAAUUGAAGCUGGUUGGCAAUAUGGUGAUAAAAGAAAUGAUACCAGGAAGUUUCAUCCAUGUUUAAUACAGUUUGACAAGUUGCCUCCAGCCGAGAAGCGUUAUGAUUCUCAAUUAGCUGUGCAAACGCUUAAAACGGUUAUUGCGUUAGGAUAUCACAUAUCUAUUGAUAAUCCACCGUCCCGCAUUAAAACGGUCCGGCUGCCCAACGAACCAUUUAUGCAAUCCAAUGGAUACAAACCAGCACCACUUGAUUUAUCUGCCAUAAUUUUGUCAGGAAAAAUGGAAGAAUUAAUUGAUCAGCUAGCUGAGAAUACACAUAAUCUAUGGGCAAAAGAAAGAAUACAGCAAGGAUGGACAUAUGGAUUAAAUGAAGAAUUACAAAUGUUGCGCAGUCCUCAUUUAGUACCGUACAGCAAAGUAGACGACGCUAUUAAAAAAGCUAAUAGGGAUACAGCAAGCGAAACAGUCCGCACAUUAUUGGUAUAUGGUUACAAUUUAGAUCCCCCGACCGGAGAAACAAACGAAGCGACACUCCUAACAGAUGACAACACUAAUAGAUAUUUGACGUUCAGAACAUAUCGUGCUGAAAAAACAUACGCCGUUUCAAGCGGAAAAUGGUACUUCGAAUUUGAGAUAUUGACCAGUGGACCUAUGCGGGUAGGAUGGGCCAGGUUUACAUGUUCUCCGGGUUAUCAAAUCGGCAGUGACGAAAAUUCUUGGGCAUUUGAUGGCUAUAACGAAGAAAAAAUUUACAUGGGGACAGCCGAAUCAUUUGGUAGACAGUGGCAAGUUGGAGACGUCGUAGGAGUGUUUUUAGAUUUAAUGGACCAUACAAUAAGCUUUUCGAUGAAUGGAGAAUUACUAAUGGAUACGUUGGGAGGGGAAACUACAUUUUCUGAAGUCCAAGGAGAAGGAUUUGUACCUGCAUUUACGCUGGGACUAGGACAAAAAGCAAAAUUAACUUUUGGUCAAGACGUUAACUCUUUGAAAUACUUCACGACUUGUGGGCUUCAAGAAGGAUAUGAACCAUUUUGCGUAAACAUGAAGAGACCUGUAACAUACUGGUAUACUAAGGAUCAACCAAUUUUUGAAAAUACUGAUGAUUUUUCAUCUGUUAUCGAUGUUACAAGAAUACCAGCUGGUUCAGAUACACCUCCGUGUCUAAAGAUUAGUCAUAAUACAUUUGAAACCAUGGAAAAAGCUAAUUGGGAAUUUUUACGGCUAUCUUUACCUGUCAUAUGUCUACCAAGUUUUAUUGAUGAGCAAGAAAAACAAAGGAGAUGGCAAGAAAUAAGAAUCAGGCAACACAGGUUAUUAUCCCAGUCUGAGCAUGCUACUCCUGCUCACAUUGAACAAAUAAUGAAAUCAGGAUUUUCAAUGAGUGAUAUAAAAGGUCUUCAUCGAGGUUAUUCAGAUGAUCCUGUAGAAAAUGACGAAAUGAUGCCAAAUGCUACGCCUUUACCACCAAGAGGAAAAAAUCAACCACCACCGCCCAGGCCACCACGCAAAGGGUCAUUAUCUAGGCAUGAUGACUUAACAAUCGAAAAUGAAGGGAAGUUGAAUCGUUCAUCUAGUGAACUGAAUUUUAACAUAUAUAAUCAUCAAAAUGGCGAUGGUCAGGAUAUAAACAAGGACGAUAAGAAAAAAAGAGGGCGUUCUCCAUUUCGAUUUUUCUCGAGAAAAAAAGAAGGACCGUCAGAUAAUCCAAAAAGAGCAAAAACGCCGGAUCCAGUUAGGAAUGUGGAUAGAUCACGUAAUGCUGCCCACAGACCUAAUACAUUAAAUGAAAGAGUAACCCCCCAAAUAAGAGUUUCACAAAUGGAUUUAAAAUUGGUUCCACCAGCUAUUCCUGAUAGACCAGGUGGUCCAAAAGCGAUGUCAUUCACACCUACAUCAGCAGGGAUUGAAUUUGUAGGGAAUGAAAUAUUUGAUUUAGAAUGUUUAAAGUUAAUAAAUGAGUAUUACUAUGGUGUAAGAAUAUUCCCUGGUCAAGACCCAACACAUGUUUACGUGGGAUGGGUUACUACUCAAUACCAUCUUCAUACUAAAGAUUUCAGCCAAAAUCAUGUUCGAAAAAGUACUGUAACAAUUGUCGAUGAACAUAAUAGAAUUUUAGAAAGUAUUGAUCGGCAAAGCUGUUACAUGGUUCGUUCCGAUGAAUUGUACAAUGAAGUUACAAAUGAUUCAUCUGGAAAGGGAGCCUCCCAAGGAAUGGCCAUUGGUUGUUUUAUUGACAUAGCUACUGGAAUGAUGUCAUUUACAUGCGAAGGAAAAGAAACAAGUUUUAAAUUUAAAAUGGAACCAGAUAUUAAGUUAUUCCCCGCAAUAUUUGUGGAAGCUAGCAGCAAAGAGAUUUUACAAAUUGAAUUGGGUAGAACAUCAACCACACUUCCAUUAUCUGCAGCUGUUUUACAAAAUUCAGAACGUCAUGUUCUUCCUCAGUUUCCACCAAGAUUAAAAGUCCAAUGUUUAAGGCCACAUCAGUGGGCUAGAGUUCCAAACGAUUCAUUACACAUUCAUACUCUGAAAUUAUCUGACAUUAGAGGAUGGAGUAUACUCUGUGAAGAUCCAGUGUCGAUGAUUGCAUUACACAUUCCCGAAGAAGAUCGAUGUAUAGAUAUUUUAGAGUUGAUUGAAAUGGAAAAAUUACUAUCUUUCCAUGCUCACACAUUGACUUUGUACGCGGCUGUGUGCUACCAAGCCAACUACCGAGCUGCUCACAUAUUAUGUACUCAUGUAAAUCAAAAACAAUUGUUAUAUGCUAUAUGUUCAGAAUAUAUGUCUGGUCCAUUACGUCAAGGAUUUUAUGAUCUCUUAAUAGCUUUACAUUUAGAGUCUCAUGCCACAACAAUGGAGGUUUGUAAAAAUGAAUACAUUAUACCUCUGGGACAUGAAUUAACUACGUUGUACGAUGAUCCACAAAUGGGUCAUAGUUUACGGUCGUUACAAACCGAAUCAGUUCGACCUCAAAUGAAAAUGACUGAAAUUUCAGACGUUAUCGAUAACGUUCGUAACUUAUACAGUCCUUAUUUCCCAUUACAAGUAGUCAGAGAAUAUGUAAUGGCUGCGCUAGAAGAAGCUGUGUUAGUUAAUCAGGUUCAUAAUAGAGAUCCUAUUGGUGGAUCUAACGAAAAUUUGUUUUUACCGUUAUUAAAAUUAGUGGAUCGUCUUUUACUUGUCGGUAUGUUACGUGACGAGGAUGUAGAAAAAUUAUUAAUAAUGAUUAAUCCUGAAACUUGGGAUCCUGAAUUUCAAAAAGAUGGUCCUGAUGAACAUAGGAAAGGUUUAUUACACAUGAAAAUGGCUGAGGGUGCCAAACUUCAAAUGUGUUAUUUAUUACAUCAUUUAUGUGAUAUUCAACUAAGGCAUAGGGUUGAAUCGAUAAUCUCAUUUAGCUAUCAAUUUGUCAAUGAUAUACAAAUAGAUCAAUUAAGAAGAUAUAAUGAAAUAAAACAAUCAGAUUUACCAUCUGCAGUUGCUGCAAAAAAAACAAGAGAGUUCCGAUGUCCACCACGAGAACAAAUGAAUGCAAUUUUAGGCUUUAAAAAUUUGGACAGCGAUGAUAAAGAAAAUUGUUUGAUUGGUGAUGAUCUUCGUGAAAGAAUGAACGAGUUUAAUGAGAAACUCAUGAAGCAAAUAUCUUUAGUAGCUCUUCAAGAAUCAGAAGAUGAUAAAUCAGAUUUGAAUAACCUAAACAAUGAAGGUAAAAUAAAACAGUUCUAUAAUUUUAUAAACGCUGUGAAAGAUGAAGGAAAUGAAGAUGGUCUUAAUGAACAAGAAAAAAAAAUACCAGAAGAAAUAUUUAGAAAAGUUUUAAUAUCCACUAUAGUAUCGUGGGCUGAAGAAACUCAAAUUGAAACACCAAAAUUAGUUAGAGAAAUGUUCAGUUUAUUAGUUAGACAGUAUGAUAGUGUAGGAGAAUUGAUUCGUGCGUUAGAGAAAACAUAUGUAAUUAACUUUAAAACAAAAGAAGACGUUGCUCAAAUGUGGGUUGGACUUAGUCAAAUCCGUUCUUUGUUGCCUGUGCAAAUGUCACAAGAAGAAGAAGAAUUGAUGCGAGAAAGAUUAUGGAAACUGGUAAAUAACCACACAUUUUUCCAACAUCCUGAUUUAAUAAGAGUUCUUCGGAUGCACGAAAAUGUUAUGGCCGUCAUGAUGAACACACUAGGAAGGAGAGCUCAAGCCCAAUCACAGCCAGGUGGAACACCUGUAACGGGACAAGACGGAGAAAUCGUUCCAAAAGAAAAGGAUACAUCGCAUGAAAUGGUCGUAGCUUGUUGUCGGUUCUUGUGUUACUUUUGCCGUACAUCCAGGCAAAAUCAAAAAGCCAUGUUUGAUCAUUUUUCAUUUUUACUAGAAAAUAGUAACAUUUUACUUUCUAGACCGUCAUUAAGAGGAAGUACGCCACUCGAUGUUGCUUAUUCAUCGCUCAUGGAAAAUACUGAACUUGCAUUAGCGUUGAGGGAACAUUAUUUGGAAAAAAUCGCGAUAUAUUUGUCUCGGUGUGGUUUACAGUCGAAUUCAGAAUUGAUUGAAAAGGGAUAUCCUGAUUUAGGCUGGGAUCCAGUAGAAGGGGAAAGAUAUUUAGAUUUUCUACGAUUUUGCGUUUGGGUCAAUGGAGAAAGCGUAGAGGAAAAUGCCAAUUUAGUUAUUCGAUUGCUUAUACGCAGGCCUGAGUGUUUGGGUCCUGCAUUAAGAGGAGAAGGAGAAGGACUUUUACGUGCCAUAAUUGAUGCUAAUAAAAUGUCUGAGAGAAUAACAGAACGGAGGAAGUUCUUAGAAGAAUCGGGAAACCAAGAGAAUAUUCAACUAGAUCAUCCACUUCCGGAAUCCGACGAAGAUGAAGAUUAUAUUGAUACAGGAGCUGCUAUUUUAAACUUUUACUGUACUCUUGUUGACUUACUAGGACGUUGUGCGCCGGACAGUUCGGUAAUAUCACUGGGAAAAAAUGAAUCUUUACGAGCAAGAGCCAUUCUUCGAUCAUUGGUACCGCUCGAAGACUUACAUGGCGUUCUUAGUCUUAGAUUUACCCUACAGAAUCCAGCUGCUGGUCAAGAUAGGCCAAAGAGUGAUAUGCCUUCAGGGUUAAUACCAGGACACAAACAAAGCGUUGUUCUAUUUUUAGAACGUGUGUAUGGUAUCGAAAUGCAAGAGUUAUUUUUCACAUUACUCGAGGAAGCAUUUUUGCCAGAUCUACGUACAGCGACAAUGCUUGACAGAAAUGACGGACUUGAAUCAGACAUGGCAUUGGCAAUGAAUAGAUAUAUUGGAAAUUCAGUAUUACCAUUACUCAUAGGUCAUUCGAAAUUCUAUAGCGAGUCCGAUAAUUAUGCUAAUUUAUUAGAUGCAACGUUACACACUGUAUACAGAUUAUCUAAAAAUAGAAUGUUAACAAAAGGACAACGAGAAGCUGUUUCAGACUUCUUAGUGGCAUUAACUAGUCAAAUGCAACCAAGUAUGUUAUUAAAACUACUGAGAAAACUUACAGUUGAUGUUUCAAAUUUAUCGGAGUAUACAACUGUAGCACUUAGAUUGUUAACUUUGCAUUACGAUCGGUGUGCAAAAUACUAUGGGUCAACAGGCGGUCAAGGAAUAUACGGAGCUUCUAGCGACGAAGAAAAACGAUUAACGAUGAUGUUAUUCAGUAACAUAUUUGAUUCUUUGUCAAAAAUGGACUACGAUCCUGAGCUUUUUGGAAAAGCAUUACCUUGUUUGUCAGCAAUUGGAUGUGCUUUGCCCCCAGAUUAUUCAUUAUCGAAAAAUCAUGAUGAUGAAUGGUAUGGAUCAAAACAAAAUAUUCAAGGCCCUUCCGAUGGACCUUAUAACCCACAACCAAUAAACACGAAUAGCAUUGUUCUUGAUAAUGACUUGAACUCCAUUGUACAUAAGUUCUCAGAACAUUAUCACGAUGCAUGGGCAAAUCGUAAAUUGGAAAAUGGAUGGGUUUAUGGUGAACAGUUUAAUGAUGUCAAUAAAAGUCAUCCUCGGCUUAAACCAUACAUGAUGUUGAGUGAAUACGAAAAAGAAUUGUACAAAGAACCUGUAAGAGAAUCUCUCAAAGCAUUACUUGCAAUAGGAUGGAGUAUUGAACAUUCAGAGAACGAUGCACCAUUGAACAAUAGAGGAUCUGUUCGACGUCAAUCAAAAUCUAAUGAAAAUGUAACACCAUUUGACUACCAUCCAAAUCCCAUAGACAUGACUAACCUUACACUCACCAGAGAAAUGCAAAAUAUGGCAGAAAGGUUAGCAGAGAAUUCCCAUGAUAUUUGGGCUAAGAAGAAGAAAGAAGAAGUUAUGUUGUGUGGAGGGGGUAUUCAUAAUCAAUUGGUUCCGUAUGAUUUGCUAACUGAUAAAGAAAAGAAGAAAGACCGAGAACGCUCCCAAGAGUUUCUUAAAUACUUGCAGUACCAAGGUUAUAAAUUACACAGGCCUAACCGUAAUGGAGGACCCUCAGAAGCUGAACAAUUGGCUGCUGCGUCAACAGGGGAACUUCGAUUUUCAUAUAGUUUGCUUGAAAAAUUGAUUCAUUACAUUGACAGAGCAUCAAUAAAUAUGAAACUUUUAAAACCUUCGGGUACAUUUAGCAGGCGUUCUAGUUUCAAAAUAUGUACAAGAGAUAUUAAAUUUUUCUCCAAAGUUGUGCUACCGUUAGUUGAGAAAUAUUUUAGCACUCAUAGAAAUUACUUCAUAACGGUUGCAACGGCUUCAAGUGUCUUGGGUGCAGCUUCGUUAAAGGAAAAGGAAAUGGUCGCUAGUUUAUUUUGUAAGUUAGCUAAUCUUUUGAGAUCUAAAUUAAUGGCCUUCGGAGCUGAUGUCCGUAUAACCGUACGAUGUCUACAAGUACUUGUCAAAGCUAUUGAUGCCAAAUCACUCGUGAAAAACUGUCCGGAAUUUAUUAGAACUUCAAUGCUCACAUUUUUCCAUAACAUUGCUGAUGAUUUGGAACAUACAAUUCAAAAUUUGCACGAUAGUCGUUAUUGCUAUCUACGAGGAACUCAUUUGAAAACAUCGACUUCACUAUUUUAUGUUAAUGACGUAAUUUUGCCAGUCUUGUCAUCACUUUUUGAUCAUUUAGCUGCAUACGAAUACGGAAACGAGCUAUUGUUGAACGAAAUUCAAGUAGCCGCUUAUAAAAUGUUGAGUAGUCUGUAUACCCUUGGUACAGAUACAUCUUUGACACAUGAUAGAAAAUAUUUAAAAGUACAGUUGGAAAGACAUCGUCCGGCUUUCGGUAGUUGUUUGGGUGCAUUUAGUUCAACAUUUCCCGUGGCUUUCCUUGAACCUCAUCUGAAUAAACACAACCAAUAUUCACUUCUUAAUCGAUUUGCUGAUAGUUCAUUGGAAGCUCAAGAUAUAAUGUCGAGAAUGGAAGGCACUAUGCCCACUCUAGAAACGGUAUUAAACGAAGUUGAUCAGUUUAUCGAAUCAGAAAAAACAUACGCAGACGCACCACAUAUAAUUGAUGUUAUUUUACCAUUGUUGUGUUCAUACUUACCGUACUGGUGGGCACAAGGUCCAGAUAAUGUUGCUCUGACCACAGGUAAUCAUGUCACAAUGGUGACUAGUGAACAUAUGAACUGCCUAUUGAAAAAUGUUUUAAAAUUAAUAAAAAAAAAUAUUGGGAACGAUAACGCCCCUUGGAUGACGCAAAUUGCAGCUUAUACACAACAAAUAAUUAUUAAUUCUUCAGAAGAAUUAUUAAAAGAUCCAUUCUUACCACUUGCGGAACGAGUUAAAAAACGUACAGAAACGUUGUACCAUAAAGAAGAGUCGUUAAGAGGAUUUAUAAAAUCGUCUACAGAUGAUACGUCCCAAAUCGAAGCUCAAAUACAAGAAGAUUGGCAAUUAGUUGUUAGGGAUAUUUAUGCGUUUUACCCACUCCUCAUAAAAUACGUGGAUCUUCAACGCAAUCACUGGUUACGUAAUAACAUAUCAAAUGCUGAAGAUUUAUACAAUCACGUAUCUGAAAUAUUCAACAUUUGGUCCAAAUCUCAAUACUUUUUACGGGAAGAACAAAACUUUAUUUCUGCGAAUGAAAUUGACAACAUGAUACUUAUUAUGCCAACGGCUACACGGAGAUCGGCUGUUAUAUCAGAAACAUCGUUAGGCGGAUCAACUGGAAAGAAAAAGAAAAAACAUAGGGAUAAGAAACGUGACAAGGAAAAAGAAAUUCAAGCAUCAUUGAUGGUUGCUUGUCUUAAACGAUUACUGCCAGUUGGUUUAAAUUUGUUCGCAGGAAGAGAACAAGAAUUAGUUCAACAUUGCAAGGAUAGAUUUUUAAAAAGAAUGCCAGACUACGACGUGAUACAAUUUGUCAAAAUUCAAUUGACAUUACCCGAUAAAUUGGAUCCGGCUGACGAAAUGUCCUGGCAACACUAUUUAUACUCAAAGCUAGGAAGCAAAAAAGGAACUACUGAAAUUAAACCACAACAAGUCGAUGAGGUUGCGGAUAGAAUUGUCGCUAUGGCUAAAGUUCUUUAUGGAUUACACAUGAUUGAUCAUCCUCAGCUUCAAAGCAAGGCGAUUUAUCGAUCAGUUGUAUCGACGCAACGUAAGAGAGCCGUAAUUGCUUGUUUCCGACAACUCUCACUCCACGCUUUGACCAGACACCGUGCAGUAAAUAUAUUCGUUCGUUCAUUUUACGAACUUUGGCUUCAAGAUGAAAAUAUUGGACAAGAAGUCAUGAUUGAAGAUCUCACACAAUCAUUUGAAGAGGCGGAACUUAAGAAACGUGACAAGGAAGAAGAAGAAGGAAUGGCAGAUCCGCUAAAUCAAAUGGUUACUACUUUUUGCCGAGGAGCCAUGACCGAGAGAAGCGGUGCUUUACAAGAGGACCCUCUUUAUAUGUCUUAUGCGGAUAUUUUAGCUAAGUCUUGUGGUGAAGAAGAAGAAGAAGGCAAUAACGAAGAAGAAGGUUCAACUGGUAACGGAGAAGAAGAAGGCGGCGCUUCUAUCCAUGAACAAGAAAUGGAAAAACAAAAACUGUUGUUUCACCAAGCUCGAUUGGCCAACCGUGGUGUCGCAGAAAUGGUUUUGUUGCACAUAUCAGCCUGCAAAGGUAUACCUAGCGAAAUGGUUAUGAAAACGCUUCAAUUGGGAAUCGCCGUUCUCCGUGGUGGUAAUUUAGAAAUUCAAAUGGGUAUGUUAAAUCAUUUAAAAGAAAAAAAAGAUGUUGGAUUUUUUACUUCAGUUGCUGGUUUAAUGAACUCUUGCAGCGUUCUUGAUUUGGACGCUUUUGAAAGAAAUACCAAAGCUGAGGGAUUGGGAGUAGGAUCGGAAGGCGCUGCUGGUGAAAAAAAUAUGCACGAUGCCGAGUUCACUUGUACUCUAUUCAGAUUUAUUCAAUUAACUUGCGAAGGCCAUAAUUUAGAAUGGCAAAAUUAUUUAAGAACACAAGCAGGAAAUACUACGACUGUAAAUGUUGUAAUUUGUACGGUGGAUUAUUUACUUAGACUUCAGGAAUCUAUAAUGGAUUUUUAUUGGCAUUAUUCAAGCAAAGAGCUAAUCGAUCCAGCAGGAAAAGCAAAUUUCUUCAAAGCAAUCGGUGUCGCCAGCCAAGUUUUUAAUACUCUAUCUGAAGUAAUUCAAGGACCGUGUACUCAAAAUCAACAGGCCCUAGCUCAUUCCAGGUUAUGGGAUGCCGUUGGAGGGUUUUUGUUUUUGUUUUCGCACAUGCAGGAUAAAUUAUCGAAACAUUCUAGUCAAGUAGAUUUGUUGAAAGAACUUUUGAAUUUACAAAAAGAUAUGAUUACGAUGAUGCUGUCUAUGUUAGAAGGUAACGUUGUUAAUGGAACAAUUGGUAAACAAAUGGUUGACACUUUAGUAGAAUCGGCGUCAAAUGUCGAGUUGAUAUUGAAAUAUUUUGACAUGUUCCUGAAACUUAAAGAUUUAACGAGCUCAGCAAGCUUUACGGAAAUUGACCCCAACAACGAUGGUUGGGUACAUCCAAAAGAUUUUAAAGAAAAAAUGGAACAACAAAAAAGUUAUACUGCAGAGGAAAUUGAAUUUAUGUUACAAUGUUGUGAAUCUAAUCACGAUGGAAAAAUUGAUUACAUUGGCUUCACAGAUCAAUUCCACGAGCCAUCCAAAGAAAUUGGUUUCAAUCUUGCCGUAUUGUUGACUAACCUAUCGGAACACAUGCCAAAUGAACCUAGAUUAACGAGAUUCCUAGAAACAGCUAGCAGUGUUUUGAACUAUUUCCAACCAUUCCUUGGAAGAAUUGAAAUUCUCGGUGGAAGUAAACGCAUAGAACGGGUGUACUUUGAAAUUAAAGAAUCAAACAUCGAACAGUGGUUAAAACCACAAAUUAGGGAAUCGAAACGUGCGUUCUUUUAUUCGAUCGUCACUGAAGGUGGUGAUAAAGAGAAAUUAGAAGCAUUUGUUAAUUUCUGCGAAGAUGCUAUAUUUGAAAUGCAACACGCCAGUGGUCUUAUGGCAGUUGAUGAUGGAUCCGGUAUAGGUGGUGGAAAAUCUAGAAAAACAGCGUACACAUAUAUGGCAGACGACGAAGAGAACAAGACGGCAAAAGAUCCCAUUCGAAGAGGCAUACAGGCCAUCAAAUAUGGAUUCCACCUACUGUUCUUCGUGUUGUCGCCCACAAACAUUAAAAACAAAAUCAAUGAAAUUCAACAAAUGAGUGUCAUUGAAUUGAUCACUUCAUUUUUCAAACUAUGGUUUUAUUUAAUAUUCUACACUGGAUAUAGUGGAGUUUACGUAUUAAGGUAUAUAUCUCGUAUUCUCAUGCAAUUAAUGAGUGGCACGCAAUCUGAAGAAACAACUGUCGAAGUUGUAGAAGAAAAGAGCGGAUCGUUCAGAAUGCUGCCUGCAUUACCAUCUUCGGGAAUGGACGAACCACCGUCAACACUUACAGAUGGCAAUAAUAUGAGAAAAAAUUCUGGUUCUCCUGAUUCAAAACAUUUAAAAUCAAACUCUGUUGGUGACGAUAAAGACGAAACAUCGGCGGAAAACCACGAAAAAGAAGAUGGCGUGGAUGGCUCGGAACAACAAGCGUCGUUUGUUGAUCUAUUAGUAGGCGAGUCGGCUAGAAAAGAUUCUAUUGCCGGCCCUGAAGUUUUGGCUCAACAACAGGCCGUUAUGGCAGCAGUAGAAGCAGAAAUCAAACAAAAGAACUCUGUCGAAAAUCCUAGUGCAUUUUCUACGAUCGAUAUCAACGCAUACACGCACCGUGCAUUGAGUUUUUUGGCAAGAAACUUUUAUAAUUUAAAAUACGUCGCACUAGUAUUAGCUUUCUGCAUUAAUUUCAUACUGUUGUUUUACAAGGUGACAACUCUGGCCGAUGAUUUAUCUGACGACGGGGACGUCAAAGAGUUCGCACUGGGUUCGGCUGGCAUCAGCAAUGACGACAUGGACGACUCAAAUAGCACCGAAAUAGCUGACGACGAAGGAGUAUUGGAACUUGUGCACGUCAACGAGGACUUCUUUUACAUGGCACACGUUAUGCGGCUUGCGGCUUUGCUCCACUCUCUAGCAUCGUUGGCCAUGUUGAUAGCAUAUUACCAUCUGAAAGUUCCAUUGGCCAUAUUCAAACGGGAAAAGGAAAUCGCCAGGAGAUUAGAAUUCGACGGUCUGUACAUUGUUGAACAGCCGGAAGACGAUGACAUAAAAUCGCAUUGGGACAAGUUGGUGAUUUCCGCUAAAUCGUUUCCGGUGAAUUAUUGGGACAAGUUUGCGAAGAAAAAAGUUCGUCAAAAGUAUAGCGAGACGUACGAUUUUGAUUCCAUAAGCAAUUUGUUGGGCAUGGAGAAGACAUCGUUUAGCACUCAGGAAAAUGAAGAACGGACCGGCUUAAUAAAUUUCGUUAUUAAUAUCGACUGGAGAUAUCAAGUUUGGAAAGCUGGGGUCACCAUAACAGACAACGCAUUCCUGUACAGUCUGUGGUAUUUCACAUUUUCGAUUCUGGGCAACUUUAACAAUUUCUUCUUUGCCGCUCAUCUACUGGACGUGGCCGUUGGCUUCAAAACGCUGAGAACUAUCUUACAGUCCGUAACUCAUAACGGAAAACAGCUGGUAUUGACCGUCUUGCUCUUGACGAUCAUUGUAUACAUAUACACGGUCAUUGCAUUUAACUUCUUCAGGAAGUUCUACGUCCAGGAAGAAGACGACGAAGUGGAUAAGAAAUGUCACGACAUGUUGACGUGUUUCGUGUUCCACCUGUACAAAGGUGUGAGGGCCGGUGGUGGUAUCGGAGACGAAAUCGGAUCACCCGACGGCGACGACUACGAAGUUUACAGGAUAAUGUUCGACAUCACGUUCUUUUUCUUCGUCAUCAUUAUACUGUUGGCCAUCAUUCAAGGUUUGAUCAUUGACGCGUUCGGAGAGCUGCGUGACCAACUGGAAAGUGUCAAGGAGGACAUGGAGUCCAAUUGUUUCAUUUGCGGCAUCGGCAAAGAUUAUUUCGACAAAGUGCCUCACGGUUUCGACACGCACGUACAAGAAGAACACAACCUCGCCAACUACAUGUUUUUCCUAAUGCAUCUGAUCAACAAACCGGACACAGAAUAUACCGGUCAAGAAACGUAUGUGUGGAACAUGUACCAGCAACGGUGUUGGGACUUCUUCCCAGUGGGAGACUGUUUCCGCAAACAGUACGAAGAGGAGCUCGGCGGCGGAGGAGGCGUCUGA